GCGAAUUGCGCGCUUCCGCGCCUGUAUAAUCUCACCGCCGGCGACGGUGCUCGUAUAUCGCUUCAGUUGGCUUCCAGAUCUACAGCAGCAGCCGUCUUCGCAACCGACGACGAAGGCCAUGUCAUCGCGAGGCGCACGCGGGGCAUGUCAUCGCCCGCAGCGGCUUCACCAUCCGCGGUUGCACAAGUUCAACGGCACGUACCAUGGCUGGUCUUGUCCUCCACGGCGUCUAGCGCAAAUGGAUGUGGGACGUGGGACUUGGAGUGUCGUUCGCCGUCGUGGUGGAGGAAAAGCAUCGGCGAGAACAGGGGCGUCGUCCGUUGGUCGUAGUCUCGUGCAUCCCGACGCCGCGCUCGUCCACGAGAAGCUCCGGUGCAAAUCCAACAGGUGGACCUCGCUCAGCUACACGCACCAACUGCCGCUCGAACUGGAAGAUGCUCAACGCCGUCUGCUCUACGUCUGACGUUGCACCGACCGCGAUGGCGGCCAGCAGCGCCAUGGAGGCAUUCGUUGGACGUUACGGUUACCGAGAGCUAGCGCAACCCGCUGUCACGGAACACGUUUACGCUCAGUCUCGCGUGAGACAAGUUCUUCAGGAGGACUUUGGGUGCCGUCUACUUCGGCAAGCGAAGGUCUCGGGCCCAUAGUUAUGCCCCGUUACUGUGAUCCUGCGGUCUGGAAGGCGCCCUAGUUAGACGUCUUGUCCUAGCUCGCUCGUUUGUCGUGAUGUGUUCAACGAGACGUGGACUUGCGGACCGUGAUCUUUGUUCUUCGACAAGUUGCCAUUACAUACUACAUGAUACGCUAGUCUCUAAGCUUGAGAGUAAUGAUAUCUUCUGCAUCGC